GGGGGCGCGUGCGCGGUCUCGCUGUGGCCGCGGGGGGCUGGUCUCGCGCGGUCUCGAGGUGGAGUCGCUGGCGGCGGCGGCCGCGACGGCGGCGACUGGCGGCGCGGCGAGGCGGGGGCGGGGACUAAGGAUUUCGAGGUGGGAAUACGGGAGUUUCUGGAUUCUUUAUCCGGUAUUCUAAGUACUCCUGGGAGCUGUCGUUUCCGCAGUGUUUAGGAGCGGCCGGGCGGGAGGAUCGGCGGCAGCAGUGGUGUGGAGAAUAAAAAGGCUAGUCUGAGUUCUGUGAAAAAAAGAAGAAAAACUAAGAUAGUAGACAAGGACUUUCCAAUUUGCAUAACAUUUCCUUCAUGGAUACAUUUUCAUAGCAUUAUUAUGUGAUGUGAGAAGUUUUUUUUUUGAAGUAACAUGGAUUUUAUGCUACAGAACCAAGAGAUUGGCUUUUUAGGAAAAAUUGAUUUAUAAAAAGUGAUAUAGGUUUUUAUAGAUAACCAUGACAACAUCCCAUAUGAAUGGGCAUGUUACUGAGGAAUCAGACAGCGAAGUAAAAAAUGUUGAUCUUGCAUCACCAGAGGAACAUCAGAAGCACCGAGAGAUGGCUGUUGACUGCCCUGGGGAUUUGGGCACCAGGAUGAUGCCAGUACGUCGAAGUGCACAGUUGGAGCGUAUUCGGCAACAGCAGGAGGACAUGAGGCGUAGGCGAGAGGAAGAAGGGAAAAAACAAGAACUUGACCUUAAUUCUUCUAUGAGACUUAAGAAACUAGCCCAAAUUCCUCCAAAGACUGGAAUAGAUAACCCUAUAUUUGAUACAGAAGAAGGAAUUGUCUUAGAAAGUCCUCAUUAUGCUGUGAAAAUACUAGAAGUGGAAGACUUGUUUUCUUCACUUAAACAUAUCCAACAUACUUUGGUAGAUUCUCAGAGCCAGGAGGAUAUUUCACUGCUCUUACAACUUGUACAAAAUAAAGAUUUCCAGAAUGCAUUUAAGAUACACAAUGCUGUCACAGUACACAUGAACAAGGCCAGUCCUCCAUUUCCUCUUAUCUCCAGUGCACAAGAUCUUGCACAAGAGGUACAGACUGUUUUGAAGCCAAUCCACCAGAAGGAAGGACAAGAACUAACUGCUUUGCUGAAUGCCCCACAUAUUCAGGCACUUCUACUAGCCCAUGAUAAAGUUGCUGAGCAGGAAAUGCAGCUAGAGCCCAUUACAGAUGAAAGAGUUUAUGAAAGCAUUGGCCAGUAUGGAGGAGAGACUGUAAAAAUAGUUCGAAUAGAAAAGGCUCGAGAUAUUCCAUUGGGUGCUACAGUUCGUAAUGAAAUGGAUUCUGUCAUCAUCAGUCGGAUAGUAAAAGGAGGUGCUGCAGAGAAAAGUGGUCUGUUACAUGAAGGAGAUGAAGUUUUAGAGAUUAAUGGCAUUGAAAUUCGGGGAAAAGAUGUCAAUGAGGUUUUUGACUUGUUGUCUGAUAUGCAUGGUACUUUGACAUUUGUUCUGAUUCCCAGUCAACAGAUCAAGCCUCCUCCUGCUAAAGAAACAGUAAUACACGUAAAAGCUCAUUUUGACUAUGAUCCCUCAGAUGACCCUUACGUUCCAUGUCGAGAGUUAGGUCUGUCUUUUCAAAAAGGAGAUAUUCUUCAUGUGAUCAGUCAGGAAGAUCCAAAUUGGUGGCAAGCCUACAGAGAAGGGGAUGAAGAUAAUCAGCCUCUAGCUGGGCUCAUUCCAGGGAAAAGUUUUCAGCAGCAAAGGGAAGCCAUGAAGCAAACCAUUGAAGAAGAUAAAGAGCCAGAAAAAUCAGGAAAACUAUGGUGUGCAAAGAAGAAUAAAAAGAAGAGGAAAAAGGUUUUAUAUAAUGCCAAUAAAAAUGAUGAUUAUGACAAUGAAGAGAUCUUAACGUAUGAGGAAAUGUCGCUUUAUCAUCAGCCAGCAAAUAGGAAAAGACCUAUUGUUUUGAUUGGUCCACAGAACUGUGGCCAGAAUGAGUUGCGUCAGAGGCUUAUGAACAAAGAAAAAGACCGCUUUGCAUCUGCAGUUCCUCAUACAACUCGGAGUAGGCGAGACCAUGAAGUAGCUGGUAAAGAUUACCACUUCGUUUCACGGCAAGCAUUUGAGGCAGACAUAGCAGCUGGAAAGUUCAUUGAGCAUGGUGAAUUUGAGAAAAAUUUGUAUGGAACCAGCAUAGAUUCUGUGCGGCAAGUGAUCAACUCUGGCAAAAUAUGUCUUUUAAGUCUUCGUACACAGUCACUGAAGACUCUCCGGAAUUCAGACUUAAAACCAUAUAUUAUCUUCAUUGCACCCCCUUCACAAGAAAGACUUCGGGCAUUAUUGGCCAAAGAGGGCAAGAAUCCAAAGCCUGAAGAGUUGAGAGAAAUCAUUGAGAAGACUAGAGAAAUGGAACAGAACAAUGGCCACUACUUUGACACAGCAAUUGUGAAUUCAGAUCUUGAUAAAGCCUAUCAGGAGUUGCUUAGGUUAAUUAACAAACUUGAUACUGAACCUCAGUGGGUGCCAUCCACUUGGCUGAGGUGAAGGAAAUACCCAUUCCAUGGUGCAGUUGGACUUGCUCUGGCAAAUAGCCAAUAGGAAGGUAGUCCUGAUACUUCAGCAAGACUGAGGAUGAGGUGGCAAGCCGUAUAUGCUGUAGACCUGUUCUUAGAUCUCAAACUAGUGAGAAGAAAAAUCCCCACUGGCAACUUGUGCAUAGCAGUCAUUAUUCUCUGUACAUGACUUGAGGGGUUGUAGCCUCAUUUGGGGAUUCUAAAUGGAAGCUUCAACAGAGCAGUUCCAUUUUAUCCACAUAAAAACAUUUUAAUUCUGUUUUCCUCUAAGUCUUUUCUGCCUGGUCAUUGUUUCCAUGAAAAAUAUUUGUAUAUAUACAACAGGCCGUGUCUUAACAUAAUUAUAAAUAUUGAUGUUAUUUAACAGUUAAAUGACUUCAUGGGAAUUUAGUGGCAGGCGGAGAUGACUACUGUACACUGGGGAAGACAGUAUUUGUUUAGCAGACUGAUUUAGUCAUCAGAAAUACUUUCCUGAAAAAAGAAUGGUGCCACUUUGGUUUGUAGCUACACUGUUAGGCUUGAAUUCAUUUGUGUGUCUUUUAAUUCUUAAAAACAUUCCGUUAGAAGCAUCAGUUUUUAAGCUCAAACUCUGUGGAUUAGACUUCAUUAUACACUCAGCAGAUUCUGACCUAGUUGAACAUAUACAACAUAUGCUAAUCUUUUUACAGAUUGAAUGAUUUUCUGAAAUUUUUUUCUUAAAUUGUCCCAACAGAUUUGAUAACCUUGCUUUCUUUCUCUGAUCUGCAUAGUACAAUAGAACAUUUGUUACAUUUUUGUGAAUGGCAGAUGCUCAUAUAAACUGUGUUGACUUUAAAAAAUUUCUUCCUCAUGAUGCAAAUAGUUUUUAUAUACAUGAGACAAGAUAUAGCACAUUGGACAGGUUUUGCAUUUUUAUAUAUGAGCACAGUAUAAUUUGAUGACUGUGCUGUAUAUAGGUAACAAACUGGAAUUCUGUGACUAUAGCUGCUGUACAGUAUACUAAUAUUUAAUAGACUGAUAAAUGGUCAUUGACAACAUUUGUUCAGCAUUGGAAUAAAAAUUAUAUAUUUCCAAGGGAAAUAGUAUGACAGAGCUAACUUUGAGAUCAGAAGGAAAGGAUGACCUGAAAGUCAUUUGAACAUUUUAGAAAAAGAACAUAGGAGGGAGAAAGUUAAGCAUAUAAAACAGGUUUUUAUCCUAACAAGGUCUGCCUCUUAGGGACCGGAAUGCAACAGUUUGCUAAAUGAUAAAUGUUUAAGCUAAUGGGAUUUUUGUACUGUCUCUAUAGCUGUUGCUUUAAAAUUCAGCUUCUGUAAUUGGCAUGGCAAGUUAAUUUGUAGUCUUUUCAAGCCUUUAGUAAUGAUGUGAUGUGUGACAAAACCUCAAAUGUGAAUGUCUUGAUUUUUUUUUAGGAUGAUUUUAGCUACAGCAUUUCCUGUUCCCAAAGCUAAACACUGGAUAACACUAACUUGUCAAUUUAACAUAAGCAGUUGUUUUUAAUGAGUAGUUUGUCUCAGUGUCAUGUGUAUAUUUGAUUAUUUUUUUAUGCUACAUAAUUUUAUUUGAACAAAUGUAGAUACUUUAUAUGUUGCCUUUUUCUGUUCAGAUUUGCAUGGCUUCAAAUUUGGUUUGUGGAGUGUCUUCUGUGGGAAUACUUCCAAGAUAAUUUACCUUAAGAAGAAAGUAAUACUCCUGGGUUAAGGGAAGGAAGGACAUUAAUAUACACUCUGGCCUAUGGCAAGAAAAUGCAAACAUCACACUGAAUUUCAGCAUUGAAAACCAAGGACUAUAAACACUUAAACAUCUCAGUUUUCCAAUUUACUUUCUCCUCAGGAAUGAGUCUGUGGUAGACAGUGGAGUUUUGUGAACUGGUUAUCAAAACUGACAAGUUUUCGACCUUAAGCUCUACAACGUUGGCAGUUUGAGUUAAGUUAGGGGGAGAGCUCGGAUAGUGUCAAGUGGCUAUUGGGCCCGUUCCUGAGUUAGCCCACAGACUGCAGGGCCAUGUGCUGUCAAGGCUCAGACAUGUCUUAAAGCAGCCAAUCUCCUACCAAGGCACAUGCCAUGCCAUAGUAUACUUUUAGGAAGUCCAAGGUGACAAAAUAUAUUCUGGGGCUCAGUUAAGUCCUAUAGUUCUCUCUCCUUCCCCAUCAACAGUGGUAAGGGUACAGAAAUGCUUCUGCCCCAAAUUUUCCUCAAGCCUAGUAAUACAGAUGUGCUGAUAAUCAACACAGUCCCUAAACAAAGUGAAAACUGAGUUGUUGCUGACUUCCUUAAAAGAAAAUGAAAAAAAAAAAACCUUGUCAAGCUGCUCUGGCCAAUUUCAUUUUCUGUUCCUCCGUGGUUCUGACUGGAGACCCCGGAGUGGGGGAAGUCUUACCCAUGUACAAGAACAAUACCAGUAGCUAAUGAAAUGCACAUUAGUUCAAGAAAAUAGCUUCCUUUACUAAAUUUUCUUAAGUCAGAACAAACGGAAAGGAGAAGAGUAUUUAGACUAAUCCAGAUUUGCUUCAUAUGAAAAUCUAAUGUCUGGAUUUUUUUUUUCCUUUUUUUACAGCCUAAGGAAUAAGUAUUGAUGAGGACUGAUCUCAAUGUAUUUUGUGAAUGUGUGUGGAAAAUAUAAACCAGGGAUUUAGCAUUAAUAAAGGUAACCUGUCUGACAUCUGUUAAUCCUUUGUACUUUUAUCCUGUAUCUGCACUAUUUUUUGAGAUGUCAUACUGCACACUGUAUUGUAAAAAUGAAAAGUAAAAUUCUAUUUCAAAUUUUUAAAAA